AUGAUUCUCACAUUAUCGUAUAUUAUUACAUCAGUUUUAUUUUCGGUUGUAUUUUUGUUGACAAUCGUACACUUUUACGUCCAUCUAAGAAUUCAGGGACGUCUUUGUAAUUUGAUCCCUGGACCUAAAUCGUAUCCAAUCAUCGGCAAUUUAUUGGAUUUAGCAGGACAUCCGGAAGACAUUUGGAAUUUUUUACACCGCACAUCGAUUAAGUAUUACCCUGUUUGGAAAAUUUGGGCCGGAAUAUGGCCAGUUGUCACAAUUCAUCACCCGGAUGAUGCUCAGAUACUGUUAAAUAGCAUAAAACAUCUGGAUAAAAGUAUAGUUUAUGAUCUACUUCAUCCUUGGUUGCAAGAUGGAUUGCUCACUAGUACAGGUAAAUAC